UCAAGGGAAGUUUGGAUUGGUGACAACGUAAUGGACAAUGAGCUGACAAUUCCUGUACCGUGGCGCCAUGGAAAAGCUUGAUUGCGCAGGAAGGACCUUGUAAUGUAUUCCCCGAAAAUCUAGGUUUGUCCCGGCUAAAUCCUGAAGUAACUUCAUGUCAUCCAGUUCUUUUCCUACAAUGUGUACUACCGAAUCUAGGCCGUCAUGGAUGGAUGAUACCUGUUGUCUCACUGUGUCCACGUUCAUUACCAUGGAGUCAAAUUUUUGUUGGGUUGCUACGCCACAACACCAAUUCAGUCCAUCCGCUAUAAAUGACAGUGAAAUGGCCCUUUUUGACCUGGAGUUGUAAAUAAGAUGAUGUACCUCCCAAAGGUCUAGCAU